AUGUCUCAACGACCAGUUAUCGCAAUCGCAGGCCUUGCUUGUGAGACCUCUAGCUUUUCCCCCGCUCGAACACUCGGUGGGGCGUUUCACCCGCGCCGUGGCCCGGAGGUGAUCGAGGAAUACGCAUUUCUGCAUCAUGGCACUCAUCUAGCAGACGCCGCAGAUUGGAAGGGGGCACUCAUAGGCCAUGCCCUUCCAGGUGGAAUCGUGGUUCGAGCUGAUUUCGAACAACUUUCCAGGGAAAUACUGGAGCGGUUGGCUGGAAUUGUCGCUUCAAACCCCAUUGACGGAUUAUGGUACGAUAUUCAUGGCGCAAUGUGUGUUGAGGAUAUAGAAGAUGUGGAAGGAGAGCUUCUUCGGCGGAUUCGGACUGUUAUUGGUCCAGAUGUUUUGGUCUCGGCAUCUAUGGAUUUGCAUGGGAAUGUGUCCCGAGAGCUGGCCCACCAGACUGAUCUGAUCACUUGUUAUCGUAUGGCACCUCAUGAGGAUGAAUUGGAGAGCAAAGAGCGGGCUUGUCGCAAUCUGGUCCAUGUUUUGACUGCGCAAACCGACACUGGGAGAAGGAAUAGACCCCUGAAAGCAUGGGUCCCAAUUCCUAUCUUGCUGCCAGGAGAGCAGACUUCGACUCGCAACGAACCAGCUAAAAGCCUGUAUUCGCUCAUUCCCGAGAUCGAAGCGAUGGAUGAUGUCCUCGAUGCAGCCAUAUGGGUUGGCUAUGCGUGGGCAGAUGAGCCACGAAAUCACGCUGUAGUAAUGGUCACUGGAUGGAAUAAGGUUGCUGUUGCUAGGGGAGCGAAGAGACUUGCGUCUUUGUUCUGGCAAGUCCAUAAAGACUUCCGUUUCGUUGCGCCGACCGGGUCUUUCUCCGAGUGCAUUGACAACGCGCUCGCAUCCUCGAAGAGGCCUUUCUUCAUCUCUGAUUCAGGAGAUAAUCCUACCGCUGGUGGAUCAGGCGACGUGACCUUCGGCUUGGAUCAACUGCUCAAGCGAUCAGAGUUUUCUAAAGAAUCAAGCUCAUCUGUGAUCUAUGCUAGUAUUCCAGGACCCCAAGCAAUUGACGUUAUAACCAAGGCUGGCGUGGGUGCCACGGUGACGGUAACCGCCGGGGCACAGGUGGACAAUCUCCACUCUGGGCCUGUCACCAUGACUGGACGUGUUCAUUCCAUCAGGUAUGGAGAUCGUGAUGCCGAAGUCGAAGCAGUGCUACAGGUUGGAAGUGUGUUUACUAUCCUGACCAAAUUCCGCAAGCCAUAUCACCAUGAGAGUGACUUUAACGGUCUUGACCUUAAUCCUCGAACAUCAGAUAUCGUCAUAGUCAAGAUUGGCUAUCUAGAACCAGAGCUGUUUAAUAUGGCGGCAGACUGGAUGCUUGGUUUGACUCCUGGUGGUGUUGAUCAAGAUCUACAGCGUCUUGGGCAUCGUCGCAUCCCCCGUCCAAUGUGGCCCUUUGACAAAAAGUUCCAUAGGGCCCCAGAUCUCACACCUCAGCUGAUUCCAUUUUCGAACGAGGAUUUGAAAACGCAUAAGGAAUGA